CGGAGCAACGUCACAAAACCGACCCGACCUCCCACACACUACAACUUCUCCAAAACACCCGCAUCAAUAUCAGACAACUGCUCAUAGACGACACAGCCCGAGCACUCACUUGGAGAAAAAGAACAUACUACAACAAAUCCAACAAAAUGGACACACUAUUAGCCCGCACGCUAAGACCCAGAACCCAACACCCACAUAUCACCAAGAUAAGAGCCCCAGAUGGCACACUGAAAACAUCCCCGACUGAAAUAGCACAAACUUUCUCAACCUUCUAUACAACGCUAUACAACCAUUCCCCACAAGACGACACAACAAUCACAGCGGCGAAUCAGAAAAUAACCGACUUCCUCACCCAACUAAACUUACCGAAACUACACACUGCAGCCAUAACGGAACUAGCA